AUGCAAGAUCAGUACUCAUAUGGCCAACAGCAACCGAUGCAACAACAAUCGCAACAACAGCAACCGCAACAACAACAGUCACAACAACAACAGCAACCACAACAAUCACAACAACAACAAUACUACUCAUCCAAUAAGAUGAUGAAGAGACAAAUGGGAGGGAAAUUUAACCGCAAUUCACAACAACCAAUGAGCGCAUACUCCCAAUAUUCUAAUUCAUACGGAGCACAGAGUGCAUAUGGACAACCCAUUGGUCAAUCACAAAUGAUGAAACGUCAAUAUCAGUCAAAACUAGCACAAGCUUUUCAUCCUUCACAACAAGGUCAACAACAACAACAAUAUGGAUAUCCACCUAUUGAGCAUCACAUGCAAAUGGGAGAGAUAAAUAUGCAACCUCAACAACUCCCAUAUUUACAACAACCUCAAUAUUACGAUAACAUAGGAUUUGAUGAAAAUCAACAAGACAGUUAUGAGCCUGUUGAUGGGCCAUAUGUAUAUGAUGACAACGACGAAGAAUCGCUUAUGGGUGAUGUUGUGAAACGUGAAUUGAUGUAG